AUGAAGGUCACCAACCUGGUGAAGCGCAAGGGGGACGCGGACGAGAAGCUGCGGGGACUCACGGUGGUGUCCACGGACAUGGGCAAGUACAAGGAGAUGACGCCCCAGCAGCUGAUGAAGCAGCUGGAGAAGACCAACAAGGGUCUCAGCAAAUACGAGCACGUGAACAAGAAGGCCAUCGACCAGUACACCACCUUCACGGACCAGCUCCAGGAGCUCCAGCGGAAGAAAGCCAUCAUCGACGAGUCGCGAGAAGCUGUGGAGAGAUUCAUCGCUUCCGUGGAUGCGCAGAAGGACGAGACGGUCAGGCAGACGCUGGAAAAAGUGGACCUCCACUUCCGGGACGUCUUCGCGCACUUGGUCCAGGGCGGCGUGGGCAAGCUGCGCAUGAUCAACGCGCGGGACAAAAUCAUCGAGUCCGAGGAGACCCCGGCCAGGAUGGGGGAGGAGGAUGGCACCGUGGGGGUGCGCAUCGAGGUGUCCUUCACAGGCCAGCAGACAUCUUUCCUCACCAUGAACCAGCUGUCUGGAGGGCAGAAGACAGUUGUAGCCAUUUCUUUGGUCUUCGCCAUCCAACGCUUGGAGCCGGCGCCCUUCUACCUCUUCGACGAGAUCGACGCGGCGCUGGAUGCGCAAUACCGCACCGCCGUGGCGAGGCUGAUUGCCAAGGACGCCAAGAACGCCCAGAUGGAGUCCUGA